AAAAGGCAAAAACUGGACCAAGUAAAAAGGCAAAAAACAUAUCACUUCCAUACGGAUAUGGAAUAUUAUACGGAUAUUAUGAUACGGAUAUUAUCCAUGACUGAUAAACAUUUGGAAGUGUGCUUGAGGCUGGCUAUCAGCAGCUACUGUCCGGACUAUGCAUCCCUGGCUGGUUCAAUUCAGUGCAAGUCAUCAAAGUAAACUCAGGUAAUUACAAAAAAUGUUAAUAGUUAAUUAUGUGUGUUUUGCAAUAUUGGCUCAUUUGGUUAUGUAAGGUACAUCAACAUACAUUGUACGUACAAAUAAUCCUCAAUACAUUUGAAAAUAAAUAGAUGUUUUGCAUUUUUGUAGUGGGUAGAUCAUUUUGACUCGGUCAUUUUAAAAGUAGCUCGCAUGCUGAAAAAGUGUGAGCACCCCUGGUCUAUAUCAACAAUAGUGGGUUGGGUUUGGUUGUUUUGCUUUUUGAUUGUAUCAUAUACACAAUAAUACUCAAACAAAAAAUAAUACAGAAACUAAAAUUCCCAACAUGUUUUUCUUCAGUUUCUCCAACUCUGACUCAUGGUCGCCUCUUGUGGUGCAGGCUGGCAUUACAAGUUGAGAUGUCCAGUCAGUCAAAAACAUGUAUAACAAGUUAUUUGUGCAAUGCACUUUUAGUGCAACACAAACAACAGUAUUGAGACAUAUUUUCUUAAGUCCCUAUCACAAAACUGCAGGGAAAAAAAGUUACUCAUUUACCAGGACCACACAGCCCCCUCCUACCCCGCAUUCCCUUCUAUGGGUGCUCGUUGGCAGUGUACUUCAUUCCCCCCCAAACAUUGGCAAGAUGGACGUGUGGGACCUUCCAGCAGAGCGACACAAAGGAUGGUAUCUGUCUUUAAUGGCGCCCAACACCAAAGGACCAGCGUUUGCAUGGCUGGACCCAUCCAGAUUGUACUGCAACGCGCAGGCGCUUGCAGACUGUGUCCAAGACCUACUUGGACCCUUCCACAAUGACCCCAUUGACCUCGUUGCCGGGAUUGACGCAAUGGGAUUCAUUCUAGGUGCAUCAAUUGCUGCCCAGCUGGGUAAAGGUUUCCUGGCAGUACGAAAAGCCGGUCAUCUGUGUGUGAGCACAGAGAACCAAGCAUACAGCGACUACACAGGCAGGGAAAAAAGCAUGGAAGUACGUCUGGAUGUGCUAAAGCCAGGUGUGAGGGUGCUGCUAGUGGACCAGUGGAUAGAGACGGGGGGCACCAUGAGGGCUGCCAUCCAGCUGCUGGAAAGGCUGGGUGCCACCAUAGCAGGUAUAGCAGCUGUGGCCAUUGAGAACACCGAAGGCGGCAAGUGGAUUAAAGAUUCUUACAAAUUCUCUCACUGCAUCCCUGAAGAGCUGCAGAGGCAAAUUGAUGACAAGUGUUUGGAUUCCUUUAAAAACUUCCAGAAAUGAAACUUAAGACUUGACUACAUGCAAAAUUCCUUUAAAAAAAACUUUAUUCCAGAGCUUUCAUGACAAAAUAGUUGAAACAUUGACAAACAUGUUUCAUUUUUAACACUUGCUGGCAACUAAAAUAUAACAACACAGCAAUACAAUUGCUUCUGCAGCAGACAUUUUUUUUUUAAACUUCUGCUUAAAUGAGUAGGUACAUUUUGUGCACAUUUUGCUUAAAACAUGAGAAUCCCAAUCUGAAAAGGCUGCAAACUAAAUCCAGAAAGUAUAAAACGUACGUGGGGGUGGAGCAAAUUAGUUCCGAACUGCAGCUGUGACCACCAUCCCACCAUGUUACAACCUGAGAACCUGAGCGGGGGGUGUCCAAAUGUUUGGAAUAACAUUUUAGAAGCAGGGUCCAUUUUGACACAUUCGCAUAUCUGCACAAGGUCAAAAAACGGUCACUUUGGACCUCCCGGCCUGACAUGGACGUUCUUGGCAGUACAAGUCUUUUUAGGAUCCACAUCAAUACCGUUGGUCCUAAAACAGAGUUUUACUAAAAAAAACAUUUUGUUAUUUCGGUCUUUGGUCCGCUACAGAAUGUUAUCACAUUUAUUUGGUGCAACCAGAAUAAUCUCCCACUACUACGUAUAUUGGGUUUCUGUUUUCAGGCUUUGGACAGAUUUUAUUGCAACCCCCCUCUUUUUUUAAAGAUACUGUAUAUGUUAUUAAAAAUCCCUAUAUGUGUGAACCAUGUUAGCGCAGCAUGGAUCCACAUCCCACACAGGAAAAGUUGCCUUCUGGCCUGGAAAAUGUUGACUUUGCUCCACUUCAAGCAUGCAGGAGCAUUCUUUUAUUUCCGUUGGACUCUUGAACGCAUCAUUCUCCUCACUGACAGCAGGCCGGCUGUUUCUUCUUGGACGUGUUGUACAGAUUGUUGUUUGCGGUGCUGUGGAUUCCUGCGGUGACGACGCAAACGCUCGGCGAGGACGUUUGUUUCAAAGGCCAGCGAUGCAACACGGAAGAAGAACUCCUUUACGUUCUCCCCUACACACACACACACACACACACGUCACAGUUAAAACCAGAGUUUGUUUUCACUUCAUGUGGACGUUCACCUGUGAGUGAUGACAGCGUCCAAUACUCUGCUCGCAUCUCCUGUGCCACCUUGAGGGCAUCUUGUUCAAUCUGAAAGUACCGACCAGGAGACUGCCGACAAGAGAAGACAUGUUAUUUAAAAUAACAACAAUAAUGGAUUUAUUAUAUAUACAAAAAUGAUUUGCACACACAUUAUUUUCAUACAUUACAUUAAUAAUUAUUACAUAUUUUAUUUUGAUUAUUAAUACAAUAAUAUUGAAAUAAUAAUGAUUAUAUUUAUUUAUUUCAUUAUUAUGAAUGAAUUUUAUUCAUAUGUACUACAUUAUCAUUAAUUUUAUGCUACUUUUAUGGAGCGUUUUUCAUUUGCAUGUCCUUCAUAGUAGCUCUCUGCUGCCCCUAGUGGACAAACAACACUACUGUCAAAAGAGGUGGGGGGGUUGUACAGGACAUGAAAAGGAUUCUUGCUGAAAUGUACAGUAUGAGAGUGUUUCUAAAAGACGUGCAGGCGUACGCUGAGGUCUUUCUUGGUGCCCACGAGGAACAGCUGAACCGCCGUGGGGUCGUUCUCUUUCAACGCAUCUUCAAGCCAUUGCCUGGCAAAACAAAGCCACGCAAUCUGGUUUAUAACCAACACACAAUUCAUCGGACGGAUGAACCGACAACCCAACCAACCCACAGGCUUACCUGCUGUGAUCCAGAGUACCCACGUCGUUGAUGUCAAACACGAUGAUCACAACUGGAAGAACAAGCACCGGGACGUUGGCAAGUGGAGACACAAAGGACUAGAUAGCACUACUUACUCAAGUGCUAGCAUUGACUGCUAUCUUCUGUUGUUGCCUUUUGUUCUCAUCUUCAACAAUCAAUGUUCUUACUUCUCUCUGUCCCCUCUUAAACCAAACUAGACUAAACGCUAGCAUUUAAUGUUGAUGGUUCAUUGAAGGAAGGUAAAACAAGCACUAGGAAACAGUGUUAUCAUUUGUUAUCGUUGUUUGUUCUCCCUUUUCUCUCUGUCCCCUCUUAAACCAAACUAGACUAAACGCUAGCAUUUAAUGUUGAUGGUUCAUUGAAGGAAGGUAAAACAAGCACUAGGAAACAGUGUUAUCAUUUGUUAUCGUUGUUUGUUCUCCCUUUUCUCUCUGUCCCCUCUUAAACCAAACUAGACUAAGCGCUAGCAUUUAAUGUUGAUGGUUCAUUGAAGGAAGGUAAAACAAGCACUAGGAAACAGUGUUAUCAUUUGUUAUCGUUGUUUGUUCUCCCUUUUCUCUCUGUCCCCUCUUAAACCAAACUAGACUAAGCGCUAGCAUUUAUUGUUGAUGGUUCAUUGAAGGAAGGUAAAACAAGCACUAGGAAACAGUGUUAUCAUUUGUUAUCGUUGUUUGUUCUCCCUUUUCUCUCUGUCCCCUCUUAAACCAAACGCUAGCAUUUAAUGUUGAUGGUUCAUUGAAGGAAGGUAAAACAAGCACUAGGAAACAGUGUUAUCAUUUGUUAUCGUUGUUUGUUCUCCCUUUUCUCUCUGUCCCCUCUUAAACCAAACUAGACUAAACGCUAGCAUUUAAUGUUGGUGGUUCAUUGAAGGAAGGUAAAACAAGCACUAGGAAACAGUCUUAUCAUUUGUUAUCGUUGUUUGUUCUCCCUUUUCUCUCUGUCCCCUCUUAAACCAAACUAGACUAAGCGCUAGCAUUCAAUAUUCUCUGAUGUUAUUGCCUUUUGUCGCCAUCAAGAUGUUGCAUUGCUGCUUUUGGGUGCAUGGAUGGAUGGAUGGAUGGAUAAGACUCACUGACCCUGCGCUCCUCUGUAGUACGUAGAAGCAAUGCACUUGAAGCGCUCUUGUCCUGCCGUGUCCCACCUUAGACAUAGAAACAAAGCAGCGGUUGCCCAUUUCUGUGGUGACGUCGAGGGAAGGUACACGGCGAGUGAAGGACUUACAGCUGCAGGCUGAAAGGUAUGCCGAGCACCUCGAAACGCUCCAUCUCAAAGUCGACACCGAUUGUGGCUUUGUAGUUCUUAUCGAAAGCAUCCUUGCAAAACCUGAAAAAAAGGUUUUGUUUACAUAUUUGCAUACAGAAUUCAUUUUACAUUGUAAUGAUGCAGCUGUAUCUUAGCAUGUAUUUUUGAGCAUUUUCUUGGCAUUGGUUAUUUGAGUGAUCUCACCUAUUAAUCAGACAGGUUUUGCCCACGGCCAGGUCCCCCACAACAAUCACCUUGGAGAUUUUAAAGCUGAAGAAUUAGAAGCACAUCACAUCACGCCGUCAGGCAAAGCUCCUUUUGCAACCUUAGUUCAAACCCACCCGACCGUGCCGGUGCGAUGCUCCUGGCAUGCCGCCUUCACUUUGGGGUUAAAGUCACGCUCUACGUGCAGAGCUGCAUCCUUCCGGAAACACUGCAAGAAGAUGGCUGUUUUGAUGAAUACUGUACAUCCUUGACGGGAUGGUGAAUGAAGAUAUUUAUCUAUGCUUUACAUGAGGGAGCUGUGCGAUGACGCGGUCCUUUCGAACCGGAGCGAAGAUGCUCAUGGCUGGACUUAUGGUUGACAUUGGACCUGCUGGUCAAAGUUGAUUCAUUAGCGAGAGAAAGGGUACUUUCUGAGCUAAAGGAUGCUGUGCUAAAUCUUCCACUAUAACAAAUACACUGCUCAAGUUGGAGAUAAAUAUAUCAAUAUUACAUAUUAAAACAAUUGAAUGCAUGACAAUUUGUGAAUGAUGCUGAAAAACAUGAAAUAUUCAAAUAUAAUUAUUCUUAUUUGUAAAAGAAAAUGCCAAAAUAUUAAUAUAAAAUAUGAAUUACAAUACUUCAUAUAUGCUCAUAUCAUAAUGCUUCACACAUUUUAAAUGUCAUUAUUUGUGAAAAAUGUUUAAAAAUAUUAACCAAAAUGAGGCUUAAAAAUAUGAAAUAUUGCAACAAAAUUGACAUUAUCUGUGAACAUUUUUAAAAAUAUGACUUGAAAAUAAACAGAAUACGAAUGUUAUAAUAAAAUAAUAAUAGAACAGUACCAUCAAUGAGGCUUAAAAUAU